CUUUACAAAUGUUGUCAGUUGUCAGUGCACUGGUUGGGAGGGAAGUGAAUCAAAACACAUUUGCCGGCUGAAAAGAUCGUUACGAAAAGUAUUUAUUCAACGGAAGCAUAAAUAAUUUAAGCAAUACAAGUGAUAGUUACGAAGUUUUCCCUCCAACAUUCCGCCUAAUGUCUGUCUCGACUCAGAAUGCGAUCACCCUCAAGGGUUCGGCUGCCAUUAUUGUGGAAUACCUGAACUACGGAAUCAAUUCGAUCCUCUUCCAGCGGGGCAUUUAUCCACCCGAACAGUUCACCAGUGUUCAGCAGUAUGGCCUGACUAUCCUGAUGUCGAAAGACGACAAAAUAAAAGUCUUCCUGCAGAAAGUGCUUGACCAGGUGCAGGAGUGGCUCGCCCGGAAUGAGGUGGAGAAGGUCUCGAUGGUGAUCACUAACGUACACACCAAAGAAGUGCUCGAGUGUUGGGACUUCAAGGUACUGAACGAAACCAGCUUUGGACCGAAAAUGGAUCCGGAUAAUCCCACCUCAUCGAAGGAACUGAAGAAGAUCCAGGCGGAGAUACGCGACGUGAUGCGACAGAUUGCGGCCACCAUCAGCUAUCUGCCGCUGAUCGAGCAAAUCUGCACCUUUGAUGUGUUGAUACACACGCUGAAAAACUCGGAAGUGCCGGAACAGUGGAACGAAACGGCGGAGGUGCGAAUCCAGAACGCCCAGACGGUACAGCUGAAGUCGUUCUCCACGGGACUGCACAAGAUGAGCACGAUCGUUAAUUAUAAGAUGACUGAUUGAAACGGAGAGAGAGUACUUUUGAUUCCACAGCGUAUUUAAUGUAACAAAAUUAGGAUUAUGGCGAUUUCGCUGCUUAGACUAUAAGACCUAUUUAAUAUGUUUUUAAAAAUGUUAUUGUAAAAUGAAAUAAAUGUCUGCCCUUUUAUCAGGACUCGAUUAUGUCA